CAAAAGGUAACAUCUGGCUGCAGCUGCUGUUUGGCAUAGCUGUUAGCUACACCAGGCCGCAAGUUUUACACAUUGACGUCAACGUUAUUGACAAGGUACCAUGCUUCUUAAGCACAAACUAAAAUCGCACAGGCUGAGAUACCAUGUAUCUAAAGAAUCGCCAUUCAAAAAAAUGAAGCGCCGUAUUCGCAGUUUUUUGCUCGGCUUAUUCCUUGCCUCCGUUUAUGGCAUGAUGGCGUUGUUUGUGCAAAAUCACGGUCUAUGGUACAGCGUUAUCAGUACAGUGGUCAUUGCUGCACUCACAGCUUUUGGCAUGAGCCUAUCUGAUGGCGUACGGGCCAAUGUCAUGCUGAUGCUACCGACUCUGUGUUCAAAAAAUGGAAAAUCCAUCCUGCUGUUCCUCGCCUUCUCGAUGGUCGUUCAAGGCCCCAUGAGUAACACGAUGGAGAACUUCGACCGUGCGGCGGGCAGUGUGGUGUGCGGGGCCGAGCUAGCCAUGAACCAAACUCAGGAACUGAUGCAGCGCGCAGCCACACCUCUGCUCCCUGUGUUGACUAAGGUCAAAGAGGUGACACGGAAUGCAUAUUCCCUGGCAGGAAGAGUGCAGAACCUGAUCAUGUCUCUCACUGAGUCAGUUCAGCACAUCGCUCGAAGCCUGAGGAAUGUGUUGCAUUUCUUGGCUGGAAUCGGAGACGUUUGCAAUGACAAGCUCGGCACACCGUACAAGAGGUGUAACCAGCUGUUUGAUGAAGCUUACGAUGACUGCAGAGAGCAGUUGUCUGUGUUCUCCUUCCUCUGCCACAUCGUGGAUGGAUUCAGGCCUCUUUGUCAUAUUGCUAAAGUUGGUCAGGUCUUCUGCAUCAUCCCUUCAUAUAUUGCCGAUCACAUAAAAACAAAGAUUGCUGAUGCGACUGUGGAGGCAUUUGAGAAACUGAGAAAGCAAUUUGAAUUCAACAUAUCAGCUUCGAUGCACUUUGACAUGCAACUCAACAGUAGCCAAUCACUUCAGGAGAUGUCACAGAGAAUCAUGGAGGAAAUCUCAGAGGAGAUAGGCCUCUUCCAGAAGCUCUCAGGCCUGCUGUCCUAUGUGGGCCUCUUCCUUCUUGUGUACAUUUACAUCCAGGCGGCUUUGUACAAAAACAGUUACCUGAAGCGUGACGACUUUGACAACAGCUAUGUGACGGAGCGGUUCGUCCAGCUGGACCUGCGCCGCUUGUGCGAGAGCAGACCCACAGUGCUGCCCCUGAGCCACAGAGAGGCUCUCGCCUACAUCCAGCCUCUGUCUCUGUAUCUAACGGGCAGAGAGAGGAGAGCCUUGAUCACGAGCACCGUCUCAGUCCUGCGCCACAUCGCAAUGGGCUCGGCCAUCAUGGCUCUGGACAUCAUGGUGUUCUGGGUGUUCGACACAGUCCAUCACCUCACCAUGGGAGAGAUAGUUGCCAAAGCCCCUAUAAUGGUCGCAGUUGAAGUGAAUGGCUCAGGCUACACGUCAGACAUCUUCAAGGAUAUCGUGGCUUCCUUUGACAUUCUGCAGAGAGGCAAUGUCACCAUACUGAGCAAAAAGUGCCUCGUUGAGCCCAGAGAGCCUGACUAUACAGGAUAUGUCUUCAUAGGAUCUCUUUAUGGCCUCGCCCUUUUCACAGUUAUUGCUGGCAGCUAUGUCAAACGUUUACGAAGGCUUAUUUGUGCCAGCUACCACCCCAAAAGGGAAAAGGAGAGGAUCCAUGCUUUGCAUCAGCGUAUCCUUACCCAACGGUUGUCCCUCCAGAAAAACUUGCUAAGGUUUGCGGUCACAAGCAAGGGGGAUGAACAGUCUGGUACGUUCCUGAGAGCACUGGCCUUGAUUGUCCCAGGUAUAUCAAGGGUGGCCCGGUACUUGGGGGCCUUUGACCAGUCCUGCAUGGCUUGUGGAAAUGUCUUAGAGAGUGCUGAUGAUCCUAACGCCCACACCUGUUCUACCUCACAGUGCAAAGGCCUUUACUGCCUCCCGUGCUUCAAGAGUAUGGACAACAUCUGUGUUUUGUGCAUGGGGCCCCUGACAUUCCAGGAAGACAGUGAGGAAGAGCUAGACUCCAGUGAUGAUCAGCAGGUCAGUCUCUGGACCACUGCUCUCACAUCUCCCCACAUCAGUCAGAGCAGGGACCGGAGGAGGCUGAUGAAGAGGCGCAUUUCCGUGGCAACAAGGAGACGAAGGUCAACUGGACAGCACAAGAGUAAAAGGCUGGAGGACACAGCUGACAACAGUGAAAGCAGUCCUAGCAUCAAUGAUUCUGAUUCUGAUACCAGUGAGCCAGACAUGUCAUAUCAGUACCCAGAAUCCACCAAACUGAACACCAAGUCUUUCAUCGACAUGUUAUCUGUAAGAACCGUGGAAAUUCAGCAGAGGGACGGCAAUGGUCUUCGUACUAACACACAGUCUGUGAACAGGAGUCCUUCUACAGAAAUGCACCUGGACACUGUUGUAGUACAAAGUUCUUCUUCACAGAGGCACUUAUAAACUUGUUUUGUAUAAGUGAAG